AUGGGCCAAGGUAUUUCCAAGAGCGAUUCCGAUGUUGGAAUUGAAUCGGAUAACAAGGAAGAAGCUGAGAGACUUCAAAAAUUGGUCACUGCCAACGAAAUUGCCCAAUACGAGAAAGUCAUUCUCACCAAAUUGUCUGAUAUUAAAAAUUUGGAUUCACUCCCUCCUCUGGUACUUAAAGAUCUCGUUUGUAACCUAUUUUUGAAAGAAUCCAUUCGGAAAUGUUAUUUAUCCUUGUCGGUAGAUGAAUUAGUGGAAUAUAUUGGAAAUCUUCUCACAAUUUAUGAAAAUAACACAAAAAGUGUCUUUGCUUCGUUCUAUCGGAACUCAAAACUGCCAAGUGUCGUUUCUGAGCUGAAACAAACACCUUGCAUUCAACUUCCAAAAGAUAAUGUAUUGAAAGUGCGACUAGUGUUGAUACAAGCGCCAAAAGAGUUUUCAACAAUGACAGUGUUUGACAUAUUUUGUCCUGUGAUUGAAAGUUUUUCAUCAAUGUUUCCUUCACAAUGCUAUAAUGCAGCUUUUAAUGAUUAUGAAAAUUUUGUGAAUGCACAAGUGACAAAUCAAAGUUUGAAAAUUGUUCCAGCAAUUGCUAUAGGCCCCUAUGUAUUGUAUUAUAAUUCGUUAGGACUUGUCAUUCCAAGGAGAGCGAUUGGAGAGGCAGCCUUUGUUUUAUCUGAAAUUGAUCCAAUUGCUUGUCUUUCAGUGAAUGAAGAAGCAGUCAAGCAAUUAUCAACCUUAAUAUUUAUGUGGAACACAAAAGAACGAUAUAGCUCACAAUCCAAUAAUGCUCAACACUUUGUAGAUCACGUGAUGAGUCUAUUUUCUAUUUCACUUCAAGACAAAGCUCCUCUUUAG